UUGAUGAAUUUGUAUUUGUACUGGUGUAGUGGUAUGCAAUACCAGGUGGAUAAAGAUGACGAGAAACAUCUUAUACUUUGUCGUAUUGUGUUGGGAAGUAUGGAAAAAGUGUAUCUUGAGUGUCAUCAAACCAAUCCUUCCAAUGAAGGAUAUGAUACUGCCUCUGAUGAUCCUAAUAAUCCUAACUGGUACGUCGUCUGGGCUGAUGAUAUCAACAAAAGAAUACUCCCUGUUUGUGUUAUCACCUGCAAAACCUCUGCUAUUGAGCCUCCAGUGAAAUUGAAAAUAUCGCCAUCUGAAUUGACUUAUGCUUCUAGGGUGUAUUUAGAGAUCAAGAAACGAAUACCUAUUGAAUUAAUCCCUGCACUUGAAGAUAUAUAUGGUACCUUUGAGAAGGACCGGUCGAUUUCGAGCUUCGCUAUGUACAAGAAACGUGUGCAUAAACUUAUUGGUGAUGAAAGGAGGAAGCAGAUAAUGAUGGAGCUUUAUUGGCUAGAACAUUGAAUAAUCAAAUGGAGAACCAUUGUUGUCAUCAUAGUUCAUGUGUUACUUAAUAAAUUGAGGUAAUGAGUAGUGGAAUUAAAUUGUUAAAUGUUAUGAGAAUAAAUAGGCAGGGUCUUUUAUAACCCAAAACUUUCCUUCAAAAUAUUGUGCCUUAUUUGUAUUUAGGAUUUAUGCUAUAAUUUGUGUGACAAUCUACAAGUGCUUGUUAUU